GUCAUAAGGGCUGCGACAAGGCUGGUUCUUCAGUCUGUUGAGAGACUUUUGUGGAUAAAAUCAUUUUUCUUCUCUUGUCCUACAUAUGGAGAUCUAGUUGUGUAAAGAAGUGAAGAAACAUUGUUUUUUAUUUGGACUCUGCCUGUUUAAGGAGGUUUCACUGAAAUAUGAACAAAUAAAAGAAGACACGGUGCUGUAAGUAAUGAAAUUGAUUAAAUCUGCUUGACAUACUACUGAAGAUGGAGUUUAUUAAAGAAGAGUUUGUUAAAGAAGAGUUUAAAGAGGAGAGUGAAGACAUCUGUAUUUCAGAACCAUUCAGACUGAAGAGUGAAGACACUGAGGAACAAAGAGAGAUGAUGGAAGUAAAAGAGGAAAGUCAAGAACUGAAUGAAGUGGAGGAGAAACAUCAGUAUCAGAAACCUGAUAAUUUUGUAAUUGCAGAAAAGUCUGACAGUUCCUCAAAGACUAAAAAGAAAUUCUCACAAAAAUGGACUACAAGAGCAAGACCAGAAAAUUUGUUCACCUGCUCUCAGUGUGGAAAGAAUUUCACACUUAAAGGAAGCCUGAAUAUCCACAUGAGAAUUCACUCUGGAGAGACCCCAUACACAUGCCUUCAGUGUGGAAAGAGUUUCAAACAUAAAGGAAGCCUGAAUAUCCACAUGAGAAUUCAUUCUGGGGAGACCCCAUACACAUGCCAUCAGUGUGGAAAGAGUUUCAAACAUAAAGGAAGUCUUGAUGAGCACAUGAGAAUUCACACUGGAGAGAAGCCUUUCACAUGCCCUCAGUGUGGAAAGAGUUUCACACAAAAAGGAAGCCUUAAUAUCCACAUGAGAAUUCACUCUGGAGAGAAGCCUUACACAUGCCCUCAGUGUGGAAAGAAUUUCACACAUAAAGAAAAUCUGAAGCAACACAUGAGAAUGCACUCUCGAGAGACCCCAUACACAUGCCUUCAGUGUGGAAAGAGUUUCAAACAUAAAGGAAGUCUUGAUGAGCACAUGAGAAUUCACACUGGAGAGAAACCUUUCACAUGCCCUCAGUGUGGAAAGAGUUUCACACAAAAAGGAAGUCUUAAUAUCCACAUGAAAAUUCACUCUGGAGAGAAGCCUUACACAUGCCAUCAGUGUGGAAAGAGUUUCACACAUAAAGAAAACCUGAAGCAACACAUGAGAAUUCACUCUGGAGAGACCCCAUAUACAUGCCUUCAGUGUGGAAAGCGUUUCACGCAUAAAGGAAACCUUAAUAUCCACAUAAGAAGUCACACUGGAGAGAAACGUUUCACAUGUCAGGACUGUGGCAAGAGUUUCAUACAUAAAGGAAGUCUUAAGGAUCACAUGAGAAUCCACACCGGAGAGAGGCCUUUCACCUGCCUUCAGUGUGGCAAGAGUUUCAGAUAUAAAAAAGGCUUAAAAUAUCACGUAGGAAUUCACAGUGGAGAGAAGCCUUUCACAUGUCCUCAGUGUGGAAAAAGUUUUUUAAUUAAAGAAAGCCUGAAAAAGCAUGUAAGAAUUCACAACAAUUUAAAACAACACCAGAGAAAACGUAUUGGUGUGAAAGCUCAUGUGUGCGGCGAGUGUGGAAAAGCCUUUGUUCGAUUCAGCACCUUGAAACAGCACCAAAGAGUACAUACGGGAGAAAAACCUUACAAGUGUUCACAUUGUGAAAGUCGUUUUGCUUUUCCAACACACCUGAAAAAACACGAGAAAGUGCAUACUGAAGAGAAGACGUAUGAUUGCACUCAAUGUGGGAGAGGUUUCAGCCGGCCAAGCACUCUAAAGAGACAUUUAAAGAACUGCCUAAAGAUGUCACAGUGAGCAAACUUCAUCUCGAGAAUCUUUGUCAUGUGAAAUUUGUGUUCCUUCCAAAGAUGUACUGUGUUUAAGGCCUUAACGUGAAUUUUCACUGUGAAAAUUGCAUUUUGAAUCGAAAAAUGUCGAUCACACCUGAAACUAACUUUCUGGCCAACUUGCAGACUAAACGAAAGUUUUUAUUUUUAUUUUUUUUUUAACGGUAAGUGUGCCAAUUUGUUUUCUUUGCUGGGCGAUGAAAUGCUCUGGGCCUCGUUUCCCAAUAAUGUUUGAUCUUAGCGGAUAAGAGCGUUUUCUACUAGCGAUUUUACGAAGUUUUUUUUGUAACGCAUUAGGCUGCACUUCAUGUGCUACUUAAGAGUGUCGCUGUCCAUGUGACAAGUGCUGAAAUAUGACCAUAUAGUGGUGUUUGUCAUAGUAACUUCAUUAUAUUAUUAUCCGUAAUUUUAUUAACUUUUUGCAAAUUACCUCGUUGGAAAAGUUUAAAGAUACCUAAUUCAUAUUGUUUUACAAUAAUUUUGUGCAGAACAAUCAAUUUUUUUUUACACAAUCACUGCUUCCAUAAUCAGGUGGGUCAAGAUGAAAGCUUCCGGGGUCAAUGAAGACAGCGAAGGACCUGUGUCGUCCUGCUGAUGAAAAGUAUUAAUUUAAUUUUAUGAGGUUCAACUGGUUAUUGUGGAGCACAAAAUGAGGAGACAUGUGUUAGCUGUGCUUUAGUUACAUUCACAAAUAAAUGGGAGGUCUGCUCUUUACUUCCAAAAGUGAUAAUGCUAACAGAAGUGCUACACAACAUGUGCAGUGCUACUCAAUGUGUGGUGUGGCUGAGAGCUUCCUUGGGUGUCAGAGAGGAAGAGGAGACAAGUAUGAUGAGCCAAUAUACAGACUAUUUUCAUGCAUAUCAGCAAGUCUUUGUCUGUCUCCCUCUCUCCCUCUCUCUCUCAUUUUAUACAGUUUUCUGCAACAAUCAUGCCACAAAUAAUUUUAUAUGUGUACUAAUUAAUCUAUUCACCAUUUACAUAGAUCUAUUUUAUGCAAUUAUUAAUUAUUAUUAUUCGCCUUUUAAAAUAAAAAUAAAGUGGGUAUCAUGACAUUAAUGUCUCCGCUUAAAGUGAAGCUAUGGGUAUUUAAACUGUAUUACGUGUAAUUUUGCGAUUGUCCUGCAAGUGUCUGCAUAAUAAUAAUAAUGUCCUUACGAUGCUGUUAGCGCUGUAUGAUUGCUCCAGAGCACUCAUAACUCAACAAGCAUUUUCAAGUACUUAAGUUAUGAUAGCUUUAGGAAACAGGCCACAAAACUAAGAUGAAUCGUAAGAUGGAUCCUUCAGUCUAUUUAGGCUUGUGAUACUUUUGGGAAACGAGGCUCUGACUAAUAAAAUAUGAGCUUUGGACCACGUGUCAGGAGCUGUUACAGUAACAAAAACAGCACAACAUGUGGCACUAAAGCACAGAAAGCUGUUUUGACUGACAUUAAACGGUGAAGGAACUCAAGAAAAGCUGAACCAGCCAUGAGGAAUAUGUGGUUUAUGUCAAACAGAGGCGGAGCUAGGGGGUGGCCAGGCUUUGGUCCACCCCUAGCCACCCCCAAGCUCCGCGCCUGUUUGACAUAAACCACAUAUUCCUCACAGCUGGUUCAGGAUCAAAUCGGCCACCCCACUCACAGCUGAAAGGUGCGUCAAGCGACCUACCGUACCUCUUGUCGAUUAGCGCCACCUAUUGUAAAGUCGUGAAUGUGUUAACGGCGAUCAUUUGCGUUGCUUUUUAUGUGAAAGGGCAAUUCGUCUGAGAUUCGCUUCUCUUAAUCGCAUGUCCUUUGGUGUGCAAAGAGUGUUAGAGAGAAUACUAGUGAAAUUAUGUUAGAAGUAUUAUAAUGCAACAACUCUUACAGGAUCGAUAAAAUGAGGAAUGAGAAAAUUGUAAUGCUAAAUAUGGUGACUGGUAGGAAUGGAAUACAGUAAAAGAGACAGCCACCUUUUUGACAACACGACCAGCCCAAAAAGUAGUUUUGGUUUUUAGCAUGAUUUGUUCACAAUGUAGUUACAGUUUUUAGCAUGGUUUGUGCACACUGUUGUUAUAGUUUUUAGCUUGAUUUGAGCUAAAGAACCACUAUUUAUAAUACCAUUGUUGCUAGAUUUAAUUUUGAUUUGAAAUAUGUUGUACACAAAAUCUUGACCAACAGUUUGAGAUUUUAGUCUUUCCCUAAUCAAGCAGAUUGGAGCAUUACAAACAUGGCAGGCCAAGUGAUCUCAGUUGCCUUAAUGGGACUUAAAAAUCACUUGGGCUUGAACGUGUAGUUAAUGAUUAAGGUAACAUUAAUUAAAUAUAUUUUUCCUAUAAGGUGUUGUUUACUAUUGUUUAUUGUUUGUAUAUUUUGCUGAUUGUACUCUAUGAAAUU